CAAAGAUGGCGGACGCUUUUGCAGUACCCUGAGAAGAUUUAGAUGUGAAAGGAGAUGUUUGUUUCCUAGGAAUGCUUUGAAUUGUCUUGAAAAAAAUAUCAAAAUGGAAUCAGAGAAGAGAGGCGCCAAUCCUUCUCCAAGCAUACCACCUAUCUCUAGAGAACAAGCUUUACUGGAGACAUUUUUUCAUGCCCUCAGUCAGUUGGCCUUUGACAAGGCAAAAGAUCAAGCGGAGAAAGAGAAAGAAACAAAAAGACUGCCACUGGUAUACAGUACACCAUGGUCUUCACUGCUUGUCACCCUGUCACAUCUGGCCAUGGCGGAAAAGACAUACUUCUCUUUUCCUUUUAUUGCCAAGAAGUUCUUCAGGAAAGAUCCUGUAAGGGACAACUUCAAAACUCUGAUAAUAGAGUUCAAAAGAAUAGAAGAAACAACCCACAGUUGCACUUCCUCAGGGUCCCUGCUGGAAGGAAGUUUGUUGGCUGAGCUGUGCAGACAUUUGUGUCAAUUUUCGCAAGCUAGGCAGGAGUUAAUUGACUUGUAUCUUUUGGUAAAGUUCUAAAGGCUUGAUCACUCAGUUGAAAGUGUUAUGGAGAAGGCUGUUUAUUCUUGUCGUAUGGUUCUUUGGUGUGAUUCUCUUUGAGGAGUCAGUGAACGUGCCUUUUUUCAGUUCAUAUCAAAAUGACCAUCCAUAUUCCUGGUCAAGACUUUGUACUAAGGUGCUCAACUCCACCCUCCCUUGAUUAAAUUAAAUAUUCUCCUUUUGAGCUGUUAUGCAUUUUGUUGAAAAACAGGGAUCAAUAUCUGUAGUUGAGCAACAACAGACCCACACCCCUCCCUCCUCAUAACCAACUUUAACCCUAACUGUUAUCAGUGGACUAUUUUUUGGUUGGGGGAGUGGUGGGUAAGUAUUUUGUCAGAUAUGGACAUUGAUCCAGUAACAGUUUGGAAAGUGUUUUAUAAUGGUAAUUGAACGGAGUGGAGUGCAGUUUGGGCUGAAAUCAUACAUGUGAUUUCAAAAUCAAUCGAGCGUGCAGCGUGAGUUCAAUUUGAAAGCAUAAGUAUGAUUUCAGACCAAAAUUGCAUGACGCAAGGUUCAAUUACCACUUAAUUACAUCCAUUUUGAAAUCGUCCAAAUACAGGACUUGGUCAAUUCAAAUAUUUUACUGAUGCAGUACUGAGCCGGUUUUUAACUAACAAGUGGAACCAGAAACACUUUUACAUCUUAUUUUGUAUGCAAAACAGAAAGACUGAUGUCAUGUGUCGAACACUCAGUCAAGCGUAAAAUGAUGCGAUUUAUAGCAAAAAAUGGUGUGGUUCAUGAAUAAAUCGCACCAAUUAGAGCCAAUCAGAUUACAGAGACCACCA